GCUCGACUCUUUUUAUAAAUAAAAAGGAAGUUACGCCGUGGUGCGACAGGUGUAAAAACGUCAAUCAACAGACGUUUGCAAGCUUGCUAGCAAUUGAAACCGUUGCUGACGAAGACAUCAGCCGCAAUGCGAAGGAACAACUUCGGAGCAAUGUCUUUGUUGCCCGUCUUCCUGCUCUUAUGUGGCUGCAUGUCGGGGUCUCACCUCACGGAGGCCUCAGACCACACCCUGAGCCCUGAAGAUGCUUCUUUUUGCGACGGCAACCUUGAGGUCCAGUACCCAGAGCUGCUUGUUAAUGGAUGCCUGAUAGUUCCAGAGGAAUUUCGAGAGAAACUUACCACCAUCUGGGGAGCUCCACUUAUUCGGUACCCUCACGCACAGGAGUUGAUCAAGUACGUUCUGAUCAUGGUUGAUCCUGAUGCUCCAAGUCGCUCUUCACCGGUGAUGUCUUACUGGAGGCACUGGGUUGUCGCAGACAUAGAGGGGUCCUCGCUGAAGAAUGGAGCUUUAAAAGGGACCAUUAUUAAUGACUAUCGUCCUCCAACGCCACCGAGUGGGACUGGUUUCCACCGCUACCAGUUCCUGCUGUACCACCAAAGCGACGACAUCACGCCCGUCAGGCUGGACUCGGCGAGACGAGGUCAAUGGAGACUGGACGCCUUCGUCUCAUUUUUUGAACUGGGAGAGCCUGUGGCUAGGGUGCAGUUUCUCACACAAAACUACAAAGACUGAAGAUCCCCUCAAAGGUGUCCUUGACCCGCGGUGAUGCGCAGUCAACAGGAAUUGGAAUCACUUUCAAGCUUAUGAGUAGUAUGAGUCUGUUUAUCUUUCUCGUCGCAUUACAAUCCCGCUUCCUCUUUUUGUUUUCCCCUCUUGGUGGCUUUUGACGAUCACAUGAUCCCGUCGUGCGAGAUUUGCGGAAUAAGCUUCGGCCUCACUGGGGAUUUCUUAUUAGUUUCCGAACGCUGCCUGACAAGAAAAGGAAAAGGGCCCGUGAUAUCACAAGCCGGCGUGGAAAGAGUUGCUUCUAAAUCAGGGGAGGAAACACGUCACGGCCCCCCCCC